CAACACCACACAAUUUAGUGAUCAGAAAACAUUCAAACCAAAUGGUCGCGUGUAAUACGACUUAUAGUUUCGUAUACUUAAAAUUUAUAUUUGUUAGCGCUGUAUAAAAAAAAGAAGAAGAAGUUAACGUGUGGUCAUUUGAAUUUAAAAAAAAAACAUUUUUAUUGUAAUUAGAAGUCAGUGCAAUUAUCUUUUGUGCAAUUAAAUUAUGUUUACAUUUGCCUGCAAAAAGCUAGUUAAAUCAAUUGUCGUUUCACUUUGGCCUAGUUUAUUAUUAUGAUGUAUGUUUCACACCUACUUAAUCAACAGUGUCAGUAGUAAUUGUCAAUGAAAGUGGAAGAUUAAAAAAUCGUCAAUGAAUCGUCUUGCUAAGCAUUGAAAUUAAUUAAAAAGUUUUCGCGUUUUUUGCGGUGAUUAAAAGAAACGUCUAUAAAUGUGCGGAUGCCCAUUAAAUAUUCAAUAUAUAAAGAUACAGACAUCUACCUGAUUUUAACACACACAAAAUAUAACCAAACCACCAACAACUGAGUAGAAUACCACGCGGAUGUGCAAAUAUUGUAUUGUGAUUGCAAGAAAAAAUUAAACAAUUUUUUAAAGUGAAAUUUUAUGCAAAGAAAAUUAAUUUUGUGAAUUUGCUGCCAAACGAAAAAAGUAUAAAAGAAAAAUAAAGAAACCGAACUGCAUAUUUGAUGAGAAAUUAAUUAACGUCGUCGUAUCGGAUAAUGACUUCUGUAAUAUCUCAUUCAAUGGCCUGGACAAAUGAACGUUUAAAAUUCUCAUCGGCUGAAAAUGUUGGAUUAAAAACUUUAUGGAAAAUGCUGGUCUUUGAAAAUGGAAAAGAGACAUUCAGAAACAAUGACAUGCCGGAAUAUCUUACCACCCAGGACAUGCCAAACAAUAUGUCACUGUUGAAAUUCUUCGCAAUCAAUGCUCUGGAACUUAGUGCGCCAGCAAGUCCAUUACUCCUUCAACAACAACAAAGUAGUUGUUCAUCGAUACCUCCGCCCGGAUGGUUACAACUGGCUGGUCAUCCAGAAAGCAUUGCACCAGCAGAACAUGGCACAGUGAGAAAGAGAAUAUCCUGCUCAACGGACUCGGAGGCAAUCGCUUAUCUCGAGAUCAGUAAAGAUCCACAUGCCACGAAAUUAGUUCCACGAUUCAAGGGCAUUUAUGAGCACAACGGCGAAACGUACCUUUUGCUACAGGAUCUUUUGCACGGAUUCAAAGAUCCAGCUGUGAUGGACAUUAAAAUGGGCCGACGAACGUUCCUCGAAUCCGAAGUCACAAAUGAAACACUUCGACCUGAUCUGUACAAAAAAAUGGUAGCCGUAAACAGUCAAGCACCUACAUCCGACGAACAUGAACUGCAAGCGAUCACAAAGCUACGGUACAUGUUGUUCCGCGAACAGAUAUCAUCGUCCGAAUGCAAAGGGUUCCGGAUUGAAGCGCUGAAAAUGAAGGGUGCCGAACCGAUCACCAAUUUGAAGACAUGCAAAAAUGCCGGUGACAUUGAAGCGACAAUAUCAAAUUUCCUAAAUGGUCGCAAGGCUGUGACGAAAGAGCUGAUUAAACGACUUAAGUCUAUGCGGCAGCUCAUUGAAAAAUCGGAAUUCUUUCAAACACACGAGGUGGUCGGCAGCAGUGUAUUCAUUGUGUUCGAUGAAGAACGCGUCGGCGCUUGGCUGAUUGAUUUUGCAAAAGCAAGGCGACUGCCGAGUGGCAUUAAAGUGGAUCAUCGGCGACAUUGGGUGCCGGGCAAUUGUGAAGAAGGUUUACUGCACGGCAUCGAUGAACUUAUCAAAGUAUUUGAGGGUAUUUAUGCGGACCAAACCAAAGUGACUCCAUCGAAAUAUAAUUCACGAUGAGAGUGUGGGCGAUACACGAUGACGAUAUACGGUACUGAAUGGUACGAUUGUUUUGUUUUAUUUAAGAAAAGAGACUGAUUAUUUGCAAGAAUUUUUUUUUUGUUAUAUAAGUUAGUUGAUGUAAGAGAAUUCUUCACAUUAACGUAAAUUUACCAGCAAGAGUGAGAGAUGCACAAUAUAUAGCCACUUCCUCAUUUAUGACUUAACCGAUUCAAUGUUCGCUUUAUUGUUCUUUUAAUUUAAAUUUUUCUUGUGAUGUUGACUAGAAUUUUAACAGUUUUCAUACGAAGGAAUGACGGUUGAAAGUCAACAAUUUGUUCUUAUCUAACAUACCAAAUAAAUUAAAGAAGACAAACAUUCUAGCAUAACGUGCAGUCAUACAAAGGAGCUUAUAAAUACACAGAAGGCAAAACUAACUAAAUUGCUGGUUGUUGGCUGAAGCUUAUUUUUUUUGCUUUCAAUAAUUUAGUUCGUUGAAUCGAAAUUUGUUAUUUUAAAAUGCAGGGCUGUCGAAUCGAAUUUUUAAGGAAGAAAAAAACGUGUGGCUAUAAUGCAAUUGAAAUUCCUCUAUUUUUUUUCUUCAUGUUCUUCAUUAAUUCUCUGUUUAUUUAUGGAAAUGUCUUUGCUUUUGUUGAUACUUUAUUUUUCGUUUUGUUAGAUGAAUUAUUCAUUUUAUGCUUUGUGUAGAUAGAUAUGUGCUUCUAACACUAGAGAGAAAAAAAAUCGGAUUUUUAAAUCAUAUCGGAUCAAUAAAGUGUACAUUUCCAAUUCGUGUAAUUUUUUGCCUUCAAAUUAUACUAAACAGAGUUUGAAUAAAAUAGGAAAUGAAAACGAGAAUUUAGUCAAAGUUGAAAUUUUUUGUGGCCGGGAGUAACAGACUGAAAAUUUAGUUAUUUUUAUUCAAUUUUCUUCUGUUGCGUUAAAACGAUACCUACAUAGAUGUAUACGAAUAAACUAAGUAGAACGAAUCAUUAACAACAAAGGACACUGCACUUAAUUUAAUUUUUAAUAAAAUGAAAAAUUAAUAUUAAUAAAAUUAACUUAACUUAAGCGUAGAGGUAAACAAAUAAUGCGUCGAACACUCAGAUAUAAAUUUUUACUUCGAAAUAGAGAAAUUAGAAUU